GCCCAGCUGAGCCGCGAGUCGCAGUGGCCCUGGCGGCCGGGGAGGCAGCGGCGGAGUCGGCGUGGUGACGACAUGGCCAUUGUCUCAGAGGAUGACUUCCGUCACAGUUCAAACUCCACCUACAGAACUGCAAGCAGCUCUCUCCGUGCUGACCAGGAUGCACUACUUGAGAAGCUGCUGGAUCACCCACCACCCAGCCUGCAGAAGCCUGAGGACCGCUUUAAUGGUGCCUACAUCAUCUUCUUCAGCCUGGGCAUUGGCAGCCUACUGCCAUGGAAUUUCUUUGUCACUGCCAAGGAGUACUGGACAUUCAAACUUCGUAACUGCACCAGCCCAGCCCCAGGGGAGGAACCUGAGGACUCAGACAUCUUGAACCACUUUGAGAGCUACCUUUCCAUCGCCUCCACCGUGCCCUCCGUGCUGUGCCUCAUGGCGAACUUCCUGCUUGUCAACAGAGUUCCAGUUCAUGUCCGUGUGCUGGCCUCGCUGACUAUCAUGCUGGCCAUCUUCGUGGUGAUGACCAUGCUGGUGAAGGUGGACACCUCCUCGUGGACCCGCAGUUUCUUUGCUGUCACCAUCACCUGCAUGGCGAUCCUUAGUGGCACUUCCAUCAUCUUCACUAGCAGCGUCUUUGGCAUGACUGGCUCCUUCCCUAUGAGGAAUUCCCAAGCACUGAUAUCAGGAGACCACCACCCUUUAAAGCGAGACCGGGAGCUCGGCUGCUCUGUGCGUCAUCUCCACACGUACCUGUCAGAGCUCAUAUUGACAAGAUUGAGGAGAAAGGAUCACCCAUCAGGGCCCCAGGCCAUUCGCUGCAGAGCCCCAGGGAUGUCAGGCAGAGUGUGAGUGAUGCAGUGAUGACGGGUGUCAAAUGGAUGAAGGCUGGAACUAUCCCUCUCCCACGUUUGCUCCGUGCAUCAAUGGGCAGAAAAGUGGUGCCUGGUCAGAGCUACCUAACAAAAUAAUGACAAAGCACUUCAUGCUCACAUGAAGCAGUUUGCCUUUGCUGCUUGCCAUCAGCCACUUCUUGCUUUCUUGAGAAUCAAAAUCCAUUCAUUCUGCCAGUCACUCCAACGGCCAACAGACACUAUCCUGAUACUAAUGGUUGUGCCUGUGUGUUCAGCGCUUUUUCCAUUCAUUGUCCCACAUCCCCCUAACUACAGUCUCAUGCCCCACCGUUUUCCAGGCAAAUAAAUGGAGGCAGAGAGGGGUAAAUGAUUUACUCACCAUAUAACACAUGUACCUGCCGACUGUCGGCCAGCACAAGUUGACUAUCCGUGGUUGGAAGGGCUCAGUGGAAAAGGAAGAAACAUCCCUUCUCCCCAAAGCAGCUGUGUGAUUGUGGCAAAGAAGGGGACUGGCACGUGUUGAAAAUCUGCUAUCUGCUGGGCCCUUUCCGAACAUCAUCCCCAUUUUACAGAUGAGCAAACCAUGGCUCUAAUAAGUCACAUUUGCCCCCAGGUCCCAGCGAGCGAGUGGCAGAGUCAAGGGUCAGACGUACAUCUGUUUGGCUCUUGGACCCCUGGGUCCGCUACAGUUUGUGCUGACCCCCCUGUUAGGCAGCAGUAAGAGACGUGGUGUCACAUGCUCACAUGGCUCACAUAUCAACAGAGAAUAUUUCAUGCGGUGGGGCAGCUACAUGCAUGUGAGUGUGUAUAAGUGUGUGAUAGCAUAUGUGUGUGUGCAUGCACAUGCGUGUUCUCACGUGUAUGCUACCACGGCUGCCAUGAGGUAUAAGGUAAGUUCUGUGAGCUCACAGGUGGGUGGCACAAGGACUUUGUAACCCGUAAGGGCUCCCCAGAUAAGAUAGCCUGGUUUGGAGGCAGCAGGAGAGCCUGUGCUAGGAUAUUCCUCUAGCCUCUUCCCCUGUUUGGUUGGUGGAUGGUUUGAGCCACGGACAGGGGAGAGGAGGU